AUGAAUUUUCUGCCUAAUACACGAACAUGUCACGACAGUUCAGCGCGUCCAUCACCACCACAAUCUCCACAGGGGGUGUCCUCAAGCUCUGAGGGGUACCCGUCUUGGCUGCCGAAGCGUCCGCCACCCCCAGCCCCGCGGUCGACGCUGCAGUCGUCGGUCGUGGGCAUGUACAGCGAGCCGGGCCCUAGCAGUGAGCCGUUCGUGGGCGGACGGAAGGCGACUCCACGAUCGGUGCGUAUCGUCAGCCUUCAGGGCUCCUCUCAGGGGGAGAAAGAUCCGCGUGCACGGCGCGAACCUACAGAGCAGUCGCGUGUGUUCUCUGCGCCGUCGCAUGCGCGCGUAUGGUCCCGCGCAACGAGUGCUGGCAUGACGCCUACGCUCCUCGGAUCCGCAUUUGCUUCCCAGCUCCCACGGCCUAAAUUUCGCGAUUCCGGUCUGCAUCUGGAGAUGCUGCGAAACCCGACCUGGAAAGCGCGGCUCCUCUUCUACCUGUUCCCUCUGUUCGUUUUCGCGCAUAUUCCGCUACAGACGUUUUUCGACUUCAACGCUGUAUUUAUAUUGAUCCUGUUGGCUAAGUACCCGAAUCCCGAAGCGCCUGGCGUGCCUGGCUCCGGGAAGAAUUGGGCUCUGGGCGCUGCUGCUUAUAUUGCUUGUUGGGCUGUCUGGAUCUUUGUAGUCUUUAUUGUAUAUGAGCUGGUAUAUUCCUUCUGGCGCCGUUGGAGAGUCAAACGACCAUUAAUGUUCCCCCUGUACCUGUCCUCACCUGGCUUCAAUCUCGUCUCCAUGACCUCCUACACUAACUUCUGCUUCAUGUAUCAUAUUCGCACCUCUGCUUUCUCCGGCGAACAUGGCGCCCUCCGCGAUGGUCUUGCCGAAACCGCAUAUUUCUACUCGCAAAACUGGCCUACAGUGGCUCUCCUUCUGCCGCGUGCGGCGCUUUCUCUGGCACUUCUCCUGGCGUUUUGGAUACCGCAGCCAGGCGAGAUCGCUCUUAUCGAUGCAGGCAUCAGCCAACGAAGUGGGACGUUCUUCCGCGCAUCGGACGGGACACUGACGAACUACGCCCGCGGUGUGCUCGUUGCCAAUGCUGCAUGGACGGCAUGGCGUGUUCUCGUUCUCUUGUUGAGUCUGGUCGGCCUCUGGAUUCUCAGCGGGCACGGCUGCGCGGGUAUCUGUGGACCACGAUUCCGCUGGGAGGAAGAGGACGCAGAGAAGGCUAUCUCGGUUGUCAGCGAUAACUUGUCGACCACAGAUGCUCUGCCUUGGUCCUGGAGAGAGUGCACGCUCCUGCGUGUCAAAGACGCUCAUGACUUUUGCUUAAUCGCGAAACCUCCUCGUCCUGUUCCUGGUGCUACGAAAGGAGACGAUCGUGAAGCCUCGGUGCCAUUUGAGGGUAUUGAGCGAGUGUUCGCCGCUGUGGGUCUGCCAUCUGGGAACCAGCCAGCAAGACGGGGCGUCUUGUCAGGAGAGCUGUUUGAGAGCCCUGUACCACCUGAGGAAGGAGAAAUGGAGGGAGAGAAGGAUGUAGCUAGCACGUCGGCACCGGAGCUUUCAACGAUCUUGCCACCCCCCGUCGCUGUUCGUGCCAAGGAGAAGCAGUCAGUUGCCCCGACUGGUCCAUUGCUCUCCUAUCCGUUUGCAGGGUAUCCAGCACAGGUCUCUUCUGAGGAGAGCGUACCGUUCCCGCCGUCACCACACACGGAAGAGGAGAGGGAAGUGCCCAUCCACAGCGCUGGAGAAGAGGCAGAAGGUGGCGAUGAGGAAGAUGAGGAGGAGGAGGAGGAGGAGGAAGGAGAGGAGGAAGAGGUUGAAGAGAGCGAAGGACCAUCAGAUAGACGGACUUCAGGCUCUAUGUCCAGUCUAGGGAGACCUGUCGUCUCUCGAUAUCCCUUCCAGUUCCGACGGCCGACACGCGGCAGUGCAUCAUCUGCAUCGCAUAUGACACCACAGACACAGUCAACACCAUACUCGAGGCAGUCCACGCAGUCCACUGGCAACAGAGAGUCUUCGGACUCACCUUUAUCAAAUGGCGCCUCGAACACAUCAAGCCCGUUGGGUUCCAGCUUCAGCGGCAGUGUGAUCCCAAUGCCCCCACGGCACCCUCAAGUGCAACGGAGAGCGAGGGCAGGAACUGUGCCCGUCAUGCCAUCCUCUCCAGGUUCGCCCACUCCUGCAGCCACUGCUAGUGGCCGGCCUCGUGCACGCACACGCACAGAAAGCGUGUUGGCGGAUACAUCGAUGACGUUCGGACAAAUUCCGCGAUCGCAAUUCGAUUCGGAUAGCGAGAUGAUGCACGAUGAGUCGCUAAUGGACGUGCCUGAGGCAGAGGGCUCAAUUGAGGAGGCGGAGCAGCACGAUAGUGUCGGCCUGCUGUCUGCAGGGCCGAGUCCUCGAGCAUCGCGAGCCAACCUGCGGCGAAGAGGAAGCGGGAUCUCGCACCAUCGUUCAACUGGCUCGCGCUCCCGUUCGGGUACAGGUUCACGCUCGCAUUCGAGAUCGCGCACCAACUCUGGCACAUCGCGCUCAGAUUCGGCACGUUCACGCGCACAAUCGCUCAUUGAGGCCAUCGGAGCCGCAUCACGGUCUUCCAUCGACUUGGUGCGAUCUCGUGCGAACUCUAUGGUGCGAUUAUCCGACUCGCCCUUUGAGUCUUCCGCGUCGGACGCUGUGCUCAGCAGUCCGGAGAAUCACACAUUCGGCCACCCUCUUAGGGAGCAGUGGCGAGGAGACGAAGCUCCGGCGCGUGACGUACCACAGGGUGCAGACGUGCCGCUCCCGCCAUCCGAUCCUAGUUCAGGCUCGGGGUCCGAGUCUCAGCAAGGUGACAGCCCUCAGCAGCUACGGACAGCGCCGUCUACGCUGUCGACCAGUGCGCCAUCCGAGCAAACAUUGGAACUGAGUGCUCACACUGAGCGGUUGGGUGUACCUAUCGUCAGGCGCCUAACUACGGCCGAGGGCGAGAGUCGCCCUGACAUAUCCACGGCGAAUCAAUCAUAUGUUACGUCGCCAACGACGAUUCAGGAUACGACUGACAGCUCUGGACGGACACCUUCCAGCUGGGGUGGCAUGGAACAGUACCCGGGCGGUACAUGGCGUCCUGCAUGAUUCGGUCAUUGAUCUGGUAAAGCCAGUCUUCCUCGGACGUUUUUUCUCUAUCUCAGGACGGAUUGCUUUGAGUUAUUCACCUGUGUUUAUACCUACUAUUGACCUGCGCUAUCCUGCUCCUCGUAGACCAUCCGAUCACCCUCAUCCAUCACCAACGACCCGUACUAGUGCGACACCUUAAUGCCUUACGCCAGUCCUGUUUUUGGCUGUACCAUACAAGUAUUAUACUUGUACGAUACAGCCGUCAUAAGAAUUUUCAUCGCCCAUUUACUGCUCUCUA